UUCAAUCCUCCCCAACCAACCGACGCGGAAACCGGCGCCCAGCCGAGCCGCUGUAGCCGGCGCGCAGGGCGCAUGCGCGGGCCUCCGGGAGGGCGGGGGCCGGCGUCUAGUGGCGAGGGAGCGAGCUGGCCGCCCGGUGCCCGCCCGCCGCCGCCGCCGCCGCCGCUACUCGGGGAUUAGCGGUCGCUGAGCAGCGUUCCGCGCCCUCUCCCGUGCUGGGCCGUGCGUAGUCCUGCCCCGCCAUGAAGUUGAGCAGCCGCGGGCGGGGAUGCUGCGUGGCCGGCAACCGGGAGCGCGGGCCGCCGCCGCGGAGCCCUUUCGUGCACCAGCUGCGCCUCAGCCCUCUGGAGAAAGCCAAGAUUACCUUCAUGACCUUGACUCUGUUUCCUGUCCGACUCUUUGCUGCUUUUAUGAUGUUGCUGGCCUGGCCUUUCGCUUUCAUUGCUUCAAUGGGAUCUGACGAGCAAGAGCUUGAAAAGCCCCUCUCCUGGUGGCGAAAGAUAGUGGAUAUUUUGCUGAAAGCAAUCAUGAGAAUGAUGUGGCUUGCUGGUGGAUUCCACUGGAUAAAUGUAAAAGGCAGACGGGCGUUGCCGGCGGAAGCAGCAAUAUUAACUGUGGCUCCCCAUUCUUCCUACUUCGAUGCCAUUCCAGUAACUAUGACCUUCGCCUCCAUUGUGAUGAAAGCAGAAAGCAAAGAUAUUCCUGUUUGGGGAACUCUAAUCAAAUACAUCCGACCAGUAUUUGUAUCUCGGUCAGACCAGGAUUCUCGCAGGAAAACUGUUGAAGAGAUAAAGAGGCGUGCUCAAUCUGGUAAAUGGCCACAGAUAAUGAUAUUCCCAGAAGGCACUUGCACAAACCGAUCCUGUCUAAUUACAUUCAAGCCUGGAGCAUUUAUUCCUGGAGUUCCUGUACAGCCAGUGGUUUUACGUUAUCCAAACAAACUGGAUACAAUCACAUGGACGUGGCAAGGGCCAGGAGCGUUAGAAAUUCUGUGGCUUACUUUGUGUCAGUUUCACAAUUCGGUGGAAAUUGAGUUUCUACCUGUGUAUAUUCCUUCAGAAGAAGAAAGAAAAAAUCCAGUGUUAUAUGCCAAUAACGUCAGACGUGUAAUGGCAGAGGCAUUGGGAGUUUCAGUGACAGACUAUACAUUUGAAGACUGUCAGCUAGCCUUGGCUGAAGGACAACUUCGUCUGCCUUCAGACACAUGUCUCUUAGAAUUUGCAAAGCUUGUGAGAAGCCUUGGGCUGAAGCCAGAAACACUUGAAGAUGAUCUUGAUAAAUAUGCUGCAAGUGCCAUGAAAAUGAAAAAAGAAAAGGUUGAUCUUAAAAAAUUUUCAGCGUACUUGGAAUUUCCAGUUUCUCACACAUUAGAAAGUAUGUUUGCUCUUUUUGAUGAGAAUGAAGAUGGCAUAAUUGACAUUCGGGAAUUUGUCAUUGCUCUGUCAGUUGUCUGUAAGCCAUCCAAAACUCUGGAAACAAUUCAGCUGGCAUUUCAGUUGUACCAGUCAGAAAAUGGAACUAUAACAGAAGAGGACUUGGCUCAUAUUCUGAAGACUGCCAUGGGUGUGUCACAGAUUAAUGUUACACAUCUUUUUAGAGCUGUAGAUGAAGAGGAAAAAAGAGAGAUUACGUAUGAUGACUUCUACAGAUUUGCUGAAUUGCACCCACACUUUGCAGAAGACUAUCUCUAUGCUGAUCAGAUGGGAGCUGAGAGUGGCUUGGAGACUUCAUCUCUUUCUGCUCCUAAUGGUAUCUGUACUGACUUCAGCCCUGAAAACGCUGAAGAUAAAAACAAGCCCCUGCAGAAGAAACUGAAUUAACACUACAACUGUUACCUUCCUCUCCUGGUGAGAGGAUUGUCUUUUCUUGGGAUUUUCAUAAGUCACUCCAACUCUACAGCAAAUAUCAGUUUUGUGUGUGAAAGUUCUUCUACCUUAAUACUGUUAUUUGAAUCAUAUGUGCUAUAUUUAACAACAUGUUCCAGAUUACUUUGGGGAAGGUGUUUUUAUUUUUUUCAAAAAGGUCUUUGAAAGGCAAAAAUGUGAAUGUGCUUCAUUAUUAAUGUUCAUAUUUAAAAGGAAGCAGCACAGUUAUUUAUAUUCCAUUGACUAGUUUCAUGUACAAAGUGUCGCACAAACUGUGCAUGUAUAAAGAAACUGUAGCUACUAUGGUGUUAAGUGCACUUUGGUGAUUAGUGUUUUCCCUAGUUAUGGGGAUGUUUAUUUGGGGCCAAACUUUGCUGCCCGCAUUUGCAUAGUCAGUCUUGUUGAUUUCAGUGGGAUUAUUCUCUUGAGCAAGGCAAGCAUACUUUGGCCCUUUGUUUUGGUUUCAGUGAACAGUUUGGAAACAAUAAUGCAAAAACUUGCUAAGGAUUACUUUUUAUUGUUGAAUGACAAAAUUGUUUCUCUUUCAGUCUAUUCCAUGGUAGAAUGAAAAGGAAAAGCUCCUUAUCCCUCACGCCAACAUUUUUCUACUGUAAUGUUCCAGAUGCAAUUAAACAUGAAUUUUUUUCCGAACUGACAUGCCACAUACUGUUUGCAAAUCCAUGACCAAACUGUUUGUGCUUUUCUCCUACAAUCAAUUCAAAUCAUGUCCACCCAACAUUAAAAUGGGAGAUGUUUACACAGUUGUAUUCAAUCUAGAUUUAUUGAGAUUCACAGAUUUCUUUUGUAUACACAGAUAAUUUAGCAUGGAACAUAUUAUGAAAACUUCGUUGUAUCAGCGCAAGUUUGAAAAUAUUGCAGUUACUUCAGAGGCCAAGCCAGCAACAAGUUGCAGAACAUCCUGAAGAAAUGCUAGUUAAAUCUCUAUAGCAACAUUACAUAUACUGCAUAUAACGUAGAUGAAGCUUAAAAUAGUUCAGAAGUGCUAAAAAAAAAAAAAAAAAAACAAAACAAAACACCACCUAAACCACUUGUACUAAUAACAUUUCUUAGCUUUCCUUUUGUAAAGCCAGGUGCCUUAAUUACCAAUGGAGGUCUCAGAGAAAAAUUUAGGUUAUUAUAAAACCACAUAGCUUCACCAAUUAGUAAAUGUGACAAAAGCCUCAAGGAGUAGGAAGGAGGACUCUGACGCAAAAUAACUCUGAUGGCAACUGUACUUUCAAACAAAAAAUACUUUCAAAUCAUUUCUAUGACUAAUUUUGUAGGGCUCUGCUAAAAUAUGAUGGUUUUCUGUUUGGAAAACUGUUGAGAUUUGAAUCUUCCACAUGUUAGAGUGAUUUGAAAGGGAGGAAUUUUUAGCAGAAGGAAAUCUUUGUACAAAGUGCUUUUAUUACUAUUUUUUAAGUAGCAGGUGUUUUAAAGCUCAUGAGGGUAUAGGAAUGUGUCCUUAGAAAUCCCUAACUGUAUGUGGCAAGUCUCCUUGCUGAAACUGGCUUUAAUAGGAAGGGUAUGGGGGAAAAAAAUGUAAGAAAUUAUGCUUUCUGUGUGGUGUGUGGAAGUAGGUCCUCAUUUGGAGGUAAUAAUUAAAUUUUUGAUUUCUCUAGGUAACUCAUGCCAAGCUGACAGGGCUGCAGCAGACCGGCAGACAAGAUUUGAUUUAAAACUGAACAUGAAAAAUAGGAGAAAUGGUUUGAAAAAAUAAGUGUACUUCCUCACAUGCCUUAGGUAGAAAUAGCUACACAGAGGAGGGAGUGGGUAUUGCUGCAUAAAACAUCUUGGGGCAGGGAUGGUAUAGAAUACGACAAACUGAGCACUGUUAACUCACUGCUACAGUGGGAUGUAUCAGCAGUCUAGCCUGUGAGAAGUGUGGUGGUAUUUCUGUGUUACCAAGGUGUGACAAGGUCUUACCUGAAGCCCCAGCAUGGACAGGUACACCUGAGAAAGAUGGGGAGUAGCUGGACAGGGUCUGGAGGACAGAAAGUACUCAAAAAAAAAAUUGGAAGUAUUCUUUAAUCCAUAGAGGAGGAGACUGAAGAAAGAUGUGAAAACAGUCUUCAAAUAUAGAAAAAGUUGCUAGAGAGGAGAUAGGAACAGUCUUUUUUCCAUAUUAAUGAUAGAUACAGGUGCUUCAUUUGAAAGAUGAGUUAAGUAUUAGGAAAAUUUCCCUGCAAUACACCUAAUUAAGCUAAGGAAAAUAGGUUAUUCCAGGUAGGGUGAGGAACCUUGCUUCAGUGGAGGUUUUGAAAACAGGCAGACAGCUAAGAUGGAAACACUUGAUUUUGUUGAUCAUGCCCCAGGGUCAUGGGGAUAUGCCCUGAGGUCUGCUUUCUGCCAUUAUCCAGUAUGUAUUUUAGAUGGUAUAUAAGGGAAGGCACAUGAACUGUAGUCUGGGCCUAUUGCAUCUCCUCUGCAAGACCUUUUAUGGCACGUGGCACAAGCUGGCUGUCUCAGAUAGUUCUCUCUUGCUUUGUAUGGGAGCUGGGGAGUGUAAAAAUUUCAGAGUGCAGGGGAUGAGAGAGAGUUCCCUGAGACGUGUCUGAAAAGGAAAAGGUGAGCUUAGUAUCCCAUGGACAACUUUGAGGUGAGAGAAGCUCCAGAGGAAGAGGUAGUCUGUCCACAUCUGCGAAAGAGCAAAGCAAGCUGGUUGAAGUUGGCUAUAAAUGAGCGUGAGCUAGUUUGCUUGUGUGGCACGUGUAACUUGGGAGUCUGCCUUCUGAAAACCAAAGGGUUCGUUUGGUUUCGUAUUUGUUUUGGUGAGGGAGAUGCUUUUGAAUUGGGGUGAGUCUAAUUAGCUGCGCUUGCGUGCAGCUGAGCUGUGCAGAGCGUUUGGGUUGAAGGGUGCUGCAGCCUACAGUAAACGGGCCCUUAAACAAACAAAUGCCACCGUGCGUGGUGAAGAGGCACCGAAAGUCACGUGUGUCAGGGAGUUCGGUCCAGAGCUGCUGCUGAAGAGGGCUGGUGGCCAGCGCAUUGUUUCCUGGGUGAGCAAGUACUCUUGGUGGAAGCAACCAUUUAAAAAAAAAAAAAACAAAAAAAAACAAAAAACCCAAACAAACAAAAAAAAAAAACCACUUAAAUUCUGUAAUGAAGUGCAAUGCUCCCUCUUUUGUGAUACCGUUGAAUCAAGAUAGAGUCAUAAUAGGAUGAAUGACAGGGUGCAGUCCUGAUCAGCCUGCAUAGAAACAUUGUUAGAUUGUGCAUAAUGUCACAACAGCUGAAUAUAAUUCGGGUGAUUUUAGCAUCUGUAGAAUAUAAGGCUAUAAUAUUAGACUGCCUCGUAGUUACUGUAGGGUGGUAAACUCGGGCUUUAUCGAGGCUGAGACCUGUGACAUGUAUUACUGCAGCAAUGUUUGUUGCAACUCAUCUGCUGAACUCUUGACUGCUGAAAUGUUUCAGUAGUUCCACAUAAGUCGCCUUUUUUAAAAGGCACCCGACUGGAACAGCUGGGUUCUGACAGUCAAGUUUCAGUGGCUUGCUCCAGCGUCAGGGUGGAAGUGAAAGCUUCCUUUCCCCUUCACCAAAUGUUGACACGUAAAUGCUUUCAAUUAAAAUAUUACAGAUUUUACAAAUGCAUUGCUUUAUUUUAACUGGGGAUAUCAACAGACCCUAAAUUUACAGGGAGACAUAUGAAGAAAUUACUUCAGCUCUUUACAAUAAUUUAACUUAAAUGAUGCUGAAACAAAAAAAUGCAUGGGUGUGAAAGCAUGUGGCAUUUCUGACGAGCAUUUUACUACUUAUGUAAUACUGCCAUCCCUUGCCAGUAGGCCUCUUCCAUCAGACUGAAUUUUUACAUAUUGUCUGAGAUAUCCAGCCAAAGCUUUGCUAUUCUGAACAAGUAUGAUACUUUGAAGGUAUUUAAAGUAACAUAGAAAACCACAAAAUUCAAGAUAUCUAAAAAAUGUCCUUUUUUUUUUUUUGCUUCAUUCGUCUUCCAUCAAACCUAAUAAAACCCCACUAAAAGCAAACAAAUGUUUAGGAGGUGCAAAGCAUGUUUAAACCACUGUCUCUACCACAGUAAGACAAGUGCAGAUACACUUAAAAGGCAUUACAGGCAAUUGGUAAGCUUUUUGCACAAAUUAGGUUGUACGCUAAAUGUUAUAGCAAUGAAUUACACUACACAUUGCAACGCAUUUAUUGUCACUACAGUAAUCUCACUGUGAUUAUAAAGUAAUCAGACUUGUGUGUGUUUGCUAAUCCCACUUUGUAGGUAUAAAUCCUUAGGUCACAGAGGUUGAAAAGGAGACACGGGCAGUAGGGAAGUGAUGCACCCUCUUUAGUGGCAAAACUCCUGGGAGUAAAUAGUUAAGUUUUGUACAUAGGUGUUUCUUAAUAUUUUCAUGUAAACUGAGUAGGGUUUUUUAGCUAGUUUAAGCAUUGAGCUGGUUGGAAUAUUUCUAUUUUUUUUUUUUCUCUUAAAAUGUAGUAAACAUUUUUUUGGGAAAAGGGAUUGUUGCACUUCAACAUCUGGAUAGCUUGAUAAAUUUUCUCGAGCAGAUAUGUUUAUAUCAGAGUUCCCUUACGAGGCCAUCUUUGUUACUGCCAUUAAAUUAUUCUUCCUACUUGUAUAUUGCCGUGCAGUGAGCACAGCCUUUCAUGUUAACUGUCUUAGCCACGUUCUGCUCUCUGCUCCUUCAAAAAUGCUAUUUUCAUUUAAAAAAAACCAAAACAAAACUUAAAGAAUACAAGUUGCAGAACUUGAGCAGCACAUGCUGUAGAUCCCAUGAUCUCAGAAAAGCCCUGUAAGCACAGCUUUGCAUAUAUUAUGGGACUGAACUAGGAUGGAGAGAUGAAAAAAAUCUGCUUAAAACUGGCCAAGACAGAUUAGUUUUCCUUUAGGUCAGAGUGUGGGUUGUAAGACCUUCUGAAAUGUUGCAUUCUGCUUAAUGUGAAGCCUCUGGUUUUGUUUUUUUUGUUUUGUUUUUUUUGUUUUUUUUUUUUUCUAGCAGCACGUUCAUGAGUGUUCUAGAAUUGAGAAAUGACAAAUAGGUUGGCCAAGAGUUUUACAUUAGCGAAACUUAAGUUUGGCUCCUGAACUCAUGCUGAAGCACAGAAUUUCACUGUGAACCAAGGACUUCAAGUGGUUUGUUACUUUUUAGGUAUCUGAACUUCAGCUAAUUUCAAAAACUUAAAUUGCCCAAUUAAUAUGGCUAGUUCCUUUACAGAAAAAGAAGGAAGUGUAAAUCCAACAGUUCAAAAUGGAAAGUAAGAAUUUAUCAUCAGUGCCCUUGUUAAUUAGUUGUUAAUUAAAGCAAUUCUUAAUCAGUCCAGCAAAACUGCAAGAUCUGUUUCACAGAUGAGCAGGCAGACUGAGAUUGUCAUUCAGGUAAAUUUUCAGUCCGAGCUAGGUAGAAAUUAAGCCUGCUGUUCUUCAGUCAGAGGGUGAUGAUUUGAAGGCACUGCAGCAUCGUGUACCCAAGUAAUGUCUAGGUCCCUGGCAGCACAGCCUGUGAGGCUUCACCUGCUCUCCCUGCCUUCUUCCUUACAAGACUGGCAGAAAGUAUUCAAACUGUGACAGGAAUCUCGUAAGAAAGGCCUCGUUAAAGGUAAAAUCCUCCAUCAUCACCUCCAAGGAACAAACACGAUCGUUCUGUGCUACAGCAAAGGCAGUGAACUGCGUAUAUAUGUUAGUCACCAAGAUGUUGUGAUCAAAAUGUGCAUAAAUUAUAUCAUAUUAACGUAAAACUACUGCAAACAGAUCAGCCAUUAGAUGUGCCCGGACUCCCGCCUGUGAAUAUUUCCUGCAUCUCACAGUAAUGAAGUUAAAACAGUUUCUUUCUCUAGGAAACCUUUUAGGUUGGUUUCAAGAUCAUAAUUACUUUGUUUUAUACAGGUGGAGGAGUGAUUUGUUUUGUACAAAACAUCUGCUUUUCCCCCAGAUGGUAUGAUGUGCUUUGUCACGUGUAAUGGGAUUAAACUGAAGCGGGUGAUACCAAGAGAGCAGAGCGUUUAAGAGGCUUACAAAACGGAGGGUUCAUGUUUCUGUGAAAUAUGCCAAGACCUUUUUUGCAGCACUUGCCACUCUGCCUAGAUUGUCUUGCAAGUUCGUUAGGCGAAAUGAUUUUACGAGUUGUGUGAUGGCAGCGGCUGCUUAUUCCAUUUUCUUUAGCACGGUGGCAGAGCAGAGUACUCCUGUGCAGGCUGAGGCGGGCAGGCCAUCUGUCACUGGUGAAGACAUACUGGCAGUUUUCAAACGAUCAGCUUGUGGGAAUGGAAACUGUAGAGUCACCUUAGCACAGAUUGCACCUGAGUAAAUUAAUCCUGUCAAUUAACGAAUUUGGAGGUUGUUUGGUUUCUGUUUGGUUGGUUGUUUUUUUUACCAACAUGGGUGUCAGGCUGCUUUAUUCUGAGCUAAAUUGCACAGGGCCGUAUGGACAUCAGAGCUCUCUUGGGGUUGGCUUGGGGAUCUCAAAAAAGGUGCUGUACGAUCAUCUGUCAAUAGAGUGCUAAGUUUCAGUUUUUUCACUUUGACCAAAAACGUUAGAAGCAAGAGAAAAGUCAUAAUGACUUUUGCAAUACAGUAUUUUGAUACUAUGAAUGGGGUGUUAUUUGAGAGUGCCCGUUCUGAGCCAAAGAGUCUGCUGGAGAAAAAUCAGGCUGAACUUCCGAUCCUGAAUCAGGCAGCAGAAAAGCCCCUCAAGGCUAGCACGGCAGCAGAGCUCUCACUGUGCAGUGGCUCUUCCCACAGUAAAGGAGGACGUUUUCUGCCUCUUGGGCUGGUGAGUUCAGUUUUCUGUAUCCCUAGCUCUUGCCUGUGCUGUCCGUUCUUUGCAGGAAGACCUCGCUGCCUCUUAAGCUUAAGUGACGUUUAUGGGCUUUUCUCCCUGAGCCGUAAGCGGCAGGUGAAUAUCAAAGUCCUGUUCUGGUAAUGCCACCCAAAACCAAGAGCCCAUGUAUGGCUUUAGCUUGUGUCUUGCGUUAGGUAAGGGAUUGCUUUUUCUUUUCCCCCGCUUUAACUGCUGCAGGUGUGUGUCCAGGUAACAGCAGAUCUGAAAGAGCUUAUGAGAUUCUCCUUGUUCCUAUGGGCAGUAAGAAUUUAAAUUUAGAAAUAUAGUACAAUGAAGCCUUAAAUUGGAUUGACUUCAGACUCGCUGUGUCACUUUCAGUGUGUGCCUGUUUACUUUCAAGUUCCAAAUGCAGCAUCUAUAAAUGUGAUUAGCAAACAAAGUCUCCUCAUGGAUACUGAAGAAAGCUGAAGCUCAGACACUUUUCAUCCUACCAUGGUACUGGAAAUGAAAUUCAUCUGACAAUAGGUUAUUUCUAAGUCUAUGAAUGUAUAUGGGGAAAACCCAAUACAUGUCUUUUAUUCACUAUCCAGCAUGAAGAUAAUUUUGUAUUUUAAAUGCUAAAGAAAUAAACUUGUAAAGAUCUUGUAUGCCCUAAGUAUAUAUUUUUGUCCUAUGUUUUCUUUUAUAAUGAAGUUCAAGCAAAAUAUUUCUUAUAUUUCAGAAGGGAUGUUUAGGUUAGCCAGUGCUGUACUUUCCCGACCACAAAAACAGUUUUUAAGUAAACCUCAAAAAAUGUAAUUGUAUUUUUAAAUAUGUGGAUUAGAAUUCCGUAAGUUAAAUGUCUCUCCUUAGAAACUGUAUAUACUUAGACAAAAAGCGAAACCAUUGCAGCUGCUUGUCGAUAUGGUUGCUUGUGUUUGGUGAUUUGUUUAUAUUGCUUUCUCAGAUUGCUCUAGGGGUAAUAAGAGCUCUAUGUAAAUCAGUAACAUUAGAAAUAGAAGUCAGAAGUAAAUUUCUUUAGAAGUCCUAGAUUUUGUUUCCUGGAGGAGGACCAAGACUAAGCAUCUGCUAACCUUGUAUUAUAUACUAUACAAUUUCAGUGUUGCAGCAUUGUGCUGAAAGUAUUUGGCAUCUGUUCCAUGGGACCACUUUCUGAACUUUUUUGUAAUUGCCAGCAUCUCUCCAGGUGUGCAAGACAUUCCUAAUUUGAUCGCAGGUACUAAUUCGAGUUUUUGGAAGAAUAAAAUUGAGCUACCAGCAAGCUGAGAAAUAAUUCAGGGGGAGGGAAAAAUGGUUUUGAUCUCUCGAAUUAUUGUUAAACUUGCACUGAUGAUGUAAUUUAUGUGUUUUUGAAAAAGUACUGCUGUGUUUUUGAAUGCACUUGAGAAUUUAAAUGCAAAGGCAAAGUAGUUAACCUUUUAAAUCAUCAAAUUUUGGAAUAUUCUCUUACCGCUACCGAAGCCAAGUUAGGCACUGCCAUGAAGAGGAUGCUUUUAGUUGAAAACCUGUGCUGACAGAUCAGGAAGCUGUUUUGUAGGAACUCACUUGCAAGGUAUUAUGUGCUUGUUCCAUCUUGGUAUAACUUUUGUUGACUUCGAGGCUGCUCAAGCAGACCUGAUGUGUUUAAAGACGCGUAUUGGCUGCAAGCUUUUUGUUAUAAUAGCCCUUGGAUAUGCAGUGUAAAUCUAACAACCUAUAGUGCUACUGGAUAAUAAUAAUAAUAAUAAUCUGACUGCGUACUUUCUGCUGUAAAUUUCCCUCCUCCUCUGGUAUGUGUACAUAGACUAUUACCUUGGCACUGAACUGACUAUACUUCAUAACUGAAAAGCAAAAACAAGUAGUGUACUGAAGAUGACUGUAGCUUGUGGUUCCAAUGCUGGAAGUACUUUUGCAGAAUUAAAAGUAUAGCUUCAGUGCUACAAAUUUGAUUUUUAUAUUUUUUAUUAACAUGCAUGGAAGACCGAGGAUAUUUUUUAAAAAAAUGAACUUGGUUUUGUACAUUUUUCAAUGUUUAAAACUAUAUGAUUUAACAUUACCUCUGAAUACCAGUGAUCAGUCAAUUUUUAAAGGAAAUACCUCAAAUUGAGCAUUCUUUUCUUGUUAGUUGUCUGAUAGGUUGAAAUGGACUAUAGCGUGUGAUGAACUGAGCCAAAUGAUGUAGAUGCUUAAGCUAUGCUAUCUAGAUAAGUCGUAUGCUGAUUUACAAAAAGGGAACUAAAUGAUACACUACAAGUGUUGAUGUGCAGUAUCCAAUCAUGGCUCAUUCUGCCCAGCUGGACAUUUUCCUUAUGAAUCGCUUGUAAAUUGAAUUUUCAGCGUGAAGCCAAAUUAAAAAUGAAAAGAAAAA